AUGGGCUCCGUUGUGUCCAAGUUCGCCUCCUGCAUCAAGCAGGCUUUUGCCUAUUUGGCGAAGGCGUUUCCCUGGCCGCCGCCAGCGCGUAAGGCACAGGCAGCGGUGGCCCCGGAGCCAAUUCUCCGGGAGCCGAUCAACAGCUUCUGCCGCAAGAUGCGGGCAAUAAAGGCACGGCAGUACGUGUCGUUCCAGGAGGAUCUGCCCAGGGCAGACGCCCCUCAAUUCUACAAGGUGCGGAAGCAGGGAAGAAGCCUGCUCAUAUUGCACGGCAACAAAAGCAUGAUCUGGUACUAG